UGUUAUAACGGCUGACCUAAUAAUCAUUCAUUUGACUCAUGUCUCAAAUGCGACUUUGGGUCACCGACUUUUAAUUCUUCCAAGUUUGGAUUCUAUCGAGUUUCAGGCCUACACACAACUUGCUGUCAAUUACUUCUUCAUCAUCAUCAUCGCUCACAUAAACAACAGUUAUCACAGUUUUGAAUCUCCCAGCAGAUCGAUUUCUUCACUUCAUUCCAACUGUUCAACCUCUACUUCAAAUCUUCAUUUCUGCUGUAUUCUAUUCUAUUAAUCAGCGUGAUUUCGGGACUACCGAUCUGUUACUUGGUUGGAAAUCGGCGUAUUCUGAAAUGGGUCAGAAGAACAGUUCGUCUUUACAGUCGCCAAAUUAUUUCCACAAGCUUUCAAAGGCUUUGGAGUUCGCAGUUUCCGAAUGGAUACUCAUGUUCUUGCUGUUCAUAGAUGCAUGUUUCACAUGCUUUAUUUCAAAAUUUGCAUCUUAUUGUCAACUUCAAGGUCCAUGUGUACUGUGCUCAAGAUAUGAUAAUGUUCUAGCCAAGAAUAAAACCGAAUCUUACUGGGAUUCAAUUUGUAAUCAUCACAAGUCCGAGAUUUCUUCUCUCAUUCUUUGCAAUGUUCGUGGAAUCUGCGAAAACUGUCUUUUGCCAUUAGCCAACAAGACUAACAACACGUUCGACGACGAAACUGUUAGAUUCCUAGUGGGAAAAAUGAGAUCAAGCCCGUUACAAAAACGUGAUUUUUCGGAUUCAAGAAUAUGUUUUUGUUGCAAUGAGCGGUAUGUCUCGAGAGACUAUAUGAAAAACUCGCUUCCUAAUAAUUCGAUAGAAUUUCAUGCUUCCGAAUCUUUACUUAUAAACGGUGAGCAUGCUAAGAAUGAAAAGAACAUUUUUGUGGACGAGUCUCUAGAAUCUUCUAGAUCUUCUCACACUGGAAAUAAUCAAACUGCUCGUUCGUCAAAGUUUGAAUAUCAGAAAGCAGAUGUUAGAUCGGAUAAUGAAUUAGAAAUACUGGUAUCUGAUAUCGUUCCGGAGGUUCAUUUGAAGUCUGAUUCACGGUCUGAAGUUCAUGAUCUUCGCAAUGAUUCUGCAACCAUCGCAACACGUGAUAUAGAUGAAGUUAAAUUGCGGAAUGAUGAAAAUAAGGAAGAAUCAUCUCAGAUUACUGAUCAAAUGUCGUAUAAUGAGGUUCCGUCGUCCGAUAAUGCAGAAACUCGUGCUGAUGCUUUUCUAGACACAAUCAACCCUCCAAUAACAAAUGAAGAGAUGAAAGACCCGGUUACCGAAAAUGAUCAAUCUGCAACGACAAACGGUUACCAAAUAUCGAACCAUCUGGAUCUUGGUGAUGCGUAUAAGCUCGCUAUAAGCACUAAAGGAAGACAACUCUCCGGAAAGCUACUAGACCAGAAAUCCUUCAAAGAUUCUUCAACAAGAGUCAGUGAAGACUUAAAGAUCUUAUUAUCACACAGAUCUAACGAUAGUUUAAUAAGCCCGAAGUUAUCUCUAAACAGCGAUGAAUUAUCGGGAAUGCAGUUCCUUCAACGUCGAAUAUCUUUGGAAAGAAACGAGUCGAACAUUUCAUUUGAUGGAAGCGUUUUGAGUGAAAUCGAAGGAGAAACGGUGGUUGAUAGAUUGAAAAGACAGGUUGAACAUGAUAAAAAAGUUAUGGGUGUUUUAUAUAAAGAGUUGGAAGAAGAAAGAAACGCGUCGGCUGUUGCUACGAAUCAAGCAAUGGCUAUGAUUAAUAGGUUGCAAGAAGAAAAGGCUGCGCUUUAUACGGAAGCUUUACAAUGUUUGAGGAUGAUGGAAGAACAAGCCGAGUAUGAUAAUGAAGCGUUACGAAACGCGCAUGAUAUUAUUCAAGAAAAAGAUAAGCAGAUUCAAGAUUUGGAAAAGUUGCUUCAAAAGACAUUUGAAGAUGUUAGAGAAUGAACCGCGAUUCGAUAUUGUUAUUAAUAUUAUUGUUAUUAUUUUUUAAGCCGUUAAAUAAAAAAAAAAUCGUUAUAAUUUUUCGAA